AUGGCUUUCAAGAGUACACUACCUCCGUUCGAAAAGCGGCCUAGGUCGCAGUCUAACUGGCCCAGCGCUAGCACACGACUAUUUUAUGCCAUCCGCGAAAACUUUUCCGUGUCGACAUGGAUGCUUCUUGGGGCUCUGCUACAGUCCCUUGUAAUUUUGGUCAUACCCCGCUUCUACGCCAUGCUUCCCUCUAUUCUUGUCCUCGGAGCUCGUCUAGCAGAGACUAUGGCCAUUACUUGGGGCAGGAAGAGGAACCAUUAUCUCGACGAUGCUCUUCUGUACCGCACUUCUCCGCAGAUCCCGGACGAGGAUGGCAGUUUCCACGAGGAAGCAUCGGAAGAGAAACUAGCCGUCUUCAUGUUGGGAGCCAAAGUUAAUCACCCCAUGGGGAUUUUCGCGCCGAACGUCAAGACGGUUGGCGAUUAUCUGACCAAGAUGAUCGAAGAUCUCGAGGCCGAGAACACCGACCUAGGGUUCUAUGGCGGCUCCACUUGGACCAGCCAGGACAAGAACGGCGCCACGGAGGUGCUUAACCUCAGUUACUGGCGGUCCGCAGAGGAUAUCCACAAAUUCGCGUACGGCGACCUGCAUCGCGAAGGCUGGGACUGGUGGAACAAACAUGUCAAAGAAAACAAUCAUAUCGGCAUCAACCACGAAAUCUUCGAGGUAGACCGCAAGCAUUGGGAGGCCAUCUACGUCAACUUCCAACCGACAUUGCUGGGCGCGACAACAUACCUUAAAAAAGGGGACAAGAUGAUGGGCGGCACGGUCGAGGACCAAUGGAUUUCCCCUCUCAUUGGUGCCAGGAGCGGCAAGCUGAGGAGCAGUGCCGGUCGAUUGGGCAGAAGACCCGAAGAGCUGUACGAGAAGCAUGGAUUGGCCCCGGGGGCCAGUUACGAGGCGUGA